CGCCGCCGACAAUCAAGACGGGAUGCAGACUCAGAAGAUUCCGAAGACUCAGAACAAGAUGAAGAUGGCGACGUGAACAUGAACGGGGGCGCCGCAAAUGAAGAGGCCCAACUGGUGAAGAAGCUCGUCCGGUACGCACUCGCCUGCGAAUACUCCCGAACGUCCAUCAAAAGAGAUGGCAUACGAGACAAGGUCUUAGGCAAUAACGCUCGAUCCUUUAAGCGUGUGUUCGACGGAGCCCAGAAGCAGCUACAGGACGUCUUCGGCAUGGAGAUGGUCGAGUUGCCUGUCAAGGAGAAGCGCACACUCAAGGAGAAGCAACAGGCGACCGCUAGGAAGGCCAAGUCCCAAGGCGCGACUUCAUCGCGGCAGUACAUCCUGACUUCGAUCCUACCGUCCGCGUACAAAACAAAUUCCAUCAUCGCCCCUUCCCGGACACCCAGCGCGAGCGAAGAGGCGGGCUAUGUUGGGUUCUACACUUUUGUCAUUUCCAUCAUUGCGCUCAGCGGUGGCGAGCUGAGUGACGUCAAGCUGAGGCGGCACCUGACUCGGAUGAAUGCCAAAGACAACCUACCGUUUGGUAAGACGGACGAUAUACUGACGAGGAUGGUCAAGCAGGCGUACGUGGACAAGGUGGUGGAGAAGAACGAUGCUGGCGAGGAACCUACCGUCUCUUGGUGCGUUGGAUCGCGAGGUAGGGUGGAAGUGCCACCGCAGAGCAUAGCAGGCUUUGCUCAAGAGGUGUUUGGCGAGCAGGUGGAUGAGGAUUUCCAGAAGAGGCUCUAUAAAAGUCUUGGGUUGCAGGAG